GCAUUACGUGAUUCUAGUAUGGAAUCAUAUAUAUCAUCUAAAAAGAUUUUGGAAAUUAAUCCACAUCAUUCAAUCAUUAAAUCACUUAAAACUAAAGUUGAGGCCGAUAAGAAUGACAAGAUUGUUAAAGACCUUAUAUGGCUUCUUUUUGAAACAUCACUUGUACAUUCUGGUUUUAGUUUGGAAGAACCUUCAAUAUUAGCCAACAGAAUUUUCAAGAUGAUUCAAUUAGGACUUGAUAAUGGAUAUUAA